CAGAUGAUGGAGUAAAACUGCACGGAGUGGUGUUGGCACACUCCUUGUUGUAGCCAUGAACCGAAGGCACCAAGUGCGUGUCAAGCCCUGGAUGGUGCUGGUCGGUGGCUUCAGUCUGAUGAAGUUGAUGGGAGCCUUUGUGCCACCACCACAGGGCAAGGCAAGGACUUGAAAAUCAUGUUAACUUGGUUCCUAACUUUUGUGAUUAUGAGUUUGUGUUUAAGAAAAGGCCAGUGUGUUGUUUCAUGUUUUGGUCUUGCAGAUGGCUAUGUCAUUUGGAGGCGGUGCCAGUGAGAUGCACACCACACCUUGGGGCACGCCUCGUUGGGCAUGUGGUUGGCUCAUGCAUCAUGGUAGCCCCAGCCUAUGCCUCUGACACGUCGGGGCUGGAUUUUCAACAAUUCGUUGAAGAGUUUGCGGGGAAGAAGGACUUCUUCGCUGCCUUGGCCAGCGCCACCCUAUCAGUGGCGGGGACUGUAGUUGCAAUGGCGGGGACUGCAGUUGCAGUGGCUCAAUUGGAUCAAGCAAAGCGCUCUGCUGAUGAAGCAAAGCGCUCGGCGGACGAGGCAUUCAAAGCCUCUCCAGAAGGCAAAAUCCAACAAGCGCUGGCAAAGGCCAUGGAGCCUUUUGAACCCAGCAGGCCGCAAGACGAGGUCAUCCAAAGGCCAGUGAUGGAAGCUCUCCGGCAACGCAUUGCGAGCUGGCAACAACAUGCGACCAUCAUUGGGGGUCGGUACCAGUCAGGCAAGUCUGUGGCAACAGAAGAAGCCUUGCGCGGGGCGCGAGGUGUUGUGCGAUGCACCAUCAGAAGUGCCGAUUGGGCAGAUCGGAUGUGCAAGCAACUGGGAGUAGAUGACGAAGGGCUGUUCAAAGAGGUCAUGCGGCGAGCGCGCGAGAAGCUCAAGGACUUUCCCGACAACCUCACCAAGUUUCCAAUCCUGCUUCUUGAAGUCCCUCGUACAACCACCGAAGGCAUCAACUUAAUCUCUUCCACUGCGAAGGAUGUGGCGACGGACAAAAUCGGAAGUGUCAUUCAUGUGAUUGUGUCAGCCUCUUCGGCGGCAGUGGCGUUGGCUUUUGAUGCUGGAGGAACUGAAAGGCAGGAAGACAUUUGGGUUGGCGACUUGACGGAGGAGGAAGCGAAGGAGUUUUUGGCACUGCAUGGGCAUGAGAACAAGUGGGAGGACUUCGUGGAUGCUUGUGGCUUCCGGAUUGGCGACUUGGCGAAGGCCUGUGAGAAUCUGAAGAAAGGACUGUCAUUGGACGACACGAAGCAAGAAUGUCAGCGAGUUGCUGAUGAUGAAGUGCGAGGCUUCAUGGAGCUUCAAGUGCACCCCACAGUUACAGGGUGCAAGAUGGCGCAAGAGCUCCUGACGGCUUAUCCGGCAGGGAUUUUGAAUGUUGUAAAUGGCAUCCGCAUCCUCCCAAGGGAGGUUGCCGCACUAAUUCGCAACAAGAGUUGUCAUGCUGUGUAUUUUCACCCAAUCAAGAAGCGAUUCUUUUUUGCCUCCAAAUUGCAUAAGGAGGCCGCUGAAGCGCAACUGGCAAAUCCAUGACCGAUCUUUUGCGAAAAUGGACGGAAGACUUCAGCUCGUUCUAGCUUGUGCAUUUGUUCCAGCCCCGUAAACACAACGCACGCAUAGUAUCAGAUGUAUCAGCUAUGUGAGAUGGUGUAUUUUGAAAUCCCAUUCAAGGAUAGACGAUUCAGGCAUGCUGAGCCAAAUCCAUGCACCUGCACUUCAACAUUUCCGAAAUCGGGUGUGUUUGCGUGUGAUUUGCUUUACCUUUUUUCGUGUUUUUUUGGGUUCUGAAGAUGAACAAGAAGGGCUGCGAGUUGUGUCCCCCAGCUCGUGGCUUUCUUCAAGUCCUUGUCCACGAAGCAGAUCCUGGAGUUUCGCGCGCAAUGAAACCCGACAUGGACCUUGGAGUCUUUGCAGCUUGGCUGCUGUUUUUUUUUUUGGCCAGGUGAGUCGUGACAUGAGGUUCGCGAGGAUCAUGACUUCUGAAAGACCAGAAAGAGCCUCAACCCCCAGUUCAAUACUAUACCCUGCCCCAGCUCCCACA